CGUGGUUGGUUAUGACGUCACACGUACUGGCGGCGUUGUCUCUAUGGCUGCGGUAGACGCCGUGGAGAUUAGCUGUGAGCGAAACGCUAAGAUCAACUCGUACUAGUAAUUCUCGACAACCACAGCACUAAUUAUAGACCCGUUAACAUAGAUGUUUUCAUGAACAACAGUUACCGUGCCAUUUUUUAACAUUUGACUGCGUAGUUACAGGCGACUUUAUGUUAGCAGCCACCUUGCUGCUAAAGCUAAUGCUAAUGCUAAGUACCACGCAGUAAAGGCAGAAAGCGUAAUGCCGUUAUUAUAAAAAAAAAAUCCCCUCAGUCUUGAACAGGCACCCUUUUAGGCUUACCUACAUUUAUUCAUCAAACAUUGUAACCUUCUCAAUGUAUCACAAAGAUAAGAGCAUCCAGAUUAAGAACAGCGCGUCUGCGUUGUACAACAAUUUGAGUACGCUGCGCAUCGCCCCGCGGCGCCUCACCUACUUCACGGUGGUCCACGCAAAUGUGGUCAACAUGGUCAGUGCGUCGUGGGACGGUGUCAACUACUCCCACCGGCAGCUGCAGUCCAAGGAGCCCAACGUGGCCACAAGUCCGUCGCUCAUCAUGCAGGCUGCAUUUUGUGUUUUGCCCUCUCGAGAUAUGCUGGUGGUGACUUCACAAAAAGGCAUUCAGAUGUAUGAAUCUGAUGGCUCUAUAAUGGUGUACUGGCACGCACUGGAAACUCCUGAAACACAAACAGCUCAGGCUGUGUUUGCUCGAGGGAUUGCUGCUGUUUGGGAAAAUUACAUAUGUGUCGGUGCGUCCUCCUGUGCAGUUAUGGUGUUUGACGUUCCCAAUAAAGGCAGUAAUAUCACCCUGUCUGAGGUCCUGGAGGAGCACAUGGAGCCCAUCACAGAUUUGGCUCCUGAGUGCUCGGGCAGCCAGGAGUGCAUAGCUGACCUGGUCAGUGCAGAUGAUCGCGGCACCUUGUGUGUGUGGAAGUCUGGGGAGGAGUUUCAGCUUCUCAACAAGAUUUGCGGAUUUGACGUGAGCUGCUCAUCCGUGAAGCUGUGGAAAGGUACAGUGGUGGCUGGUUACGGAACAGGCCAGAUCCGUCUCUAUGAGGCAGUGACGGGAAUUCUGCAUGCUGAGGUCAACGCCCACGCUCGCUGGAUCUACUCGCUGGACAUUGCUCCCUUUUCUGGUCUGCUCCUGUCUGCUGCUGAGGACUCUUUUGUGAGGGUGUGGCACCUGACAGUAACUCCAGAAACCAACAGUGUGGAGGUUGCCCAUCUACACAAUGAGUGUGUUACUGACACACAAAUCUGUGGCGCCAAGUUCUGUGACGGAGAUGGCUGCGCCUUUGCCGUGACAGGAUAUGACCUCAAUGAGAUUAUCUGCUACACGCAGACAUAGGACAUCACCUUUAUCAUGGAUGAGUAUAUGGAUAUCAAAACGGAUGUAAUGGGAUAUUUCCGCAAAGUGAUCUAGAUGUAGCACAGUCAGAAGCUCAGCGGGUAUCUAAUGACAUCUUUCUUUUUUUUUUUUGUAGAAGUGUUAUUUCAGGACAUGUCUUCAGACACACGUUAAAUGAAUCUGAUGUUUUUAAAUAUAGUCUAUUGAUAUUAUAAUGGAAAAUGUUUAUAUGUUUGUGAAAAUUGCUUCAAAGAUUGAUUAAAUAUUCUACUGUACUCUCACUUGUACAUUGCAUUGAUUGGUUUUGAGUUGGAACGUAACAAUGUAUUGCAAAGAAAAUGCACUAGGGGGCAGUAUUGCUUUUGUCCAACCGAUAAUAGAACGACCAAUAUAUAUGGCAGCACAAUUUGGUGAAGAAGCAUAAGUACUGUACAUUUCAUGUUUUAUUGUUCAGGUUUAUUUGAAGUGUUUUCUUUUUCCUCCAGACUUAAACAGUAUUAUCAUAAACUCUCUCAAACCAAA